AUGCGCAGUGUGACCAAGACGAACGCGCGAUCACACGGCUGUCGCUCUCUCCCAGCCGAUCCAUGCUCCCAGCAGACUCGAACGAACACGAAGUGGAACGUGAAGUUUAAUAUUCAGGAGAGAAGUGCUGAUAUUGACACCAGAUCUUAUACCCACCACUUCUACUUUGGUAGCUUCAAUCAGGGGACCAAUAAUCAAGACUCAAAGAAGGAGAAAGAUUAG